CAAACAGAACACGAGAGGAGACUAUUUUUCACCGCACAAGGGACCUUAUUACUUGGUGUGUGUGACUUGAACCUAAACUCAUUUUUCUUCUCGUCUUGAAGGCGCGGGCAGCGGUAUUUCCCUCUCCCCAAAGAAAAAGUGGAGCCGGGUGGAUGAGUUGUGUGGAUGUUAUUUCCUGGUUUUUCUCCUCGGGCUGUGUUACCGCGGCCCGGAGACGGCAACAGUGUGUGGAAAAGUAGAUGUUAACCGUAUGGCUUCAACGAGGAUAACGCGCAGGAUGUUUGGUGAAGCAUGGUGGUGAAGAUGGGUAGAACGUGCUUAAUGGGGCCACUGUCAUGGGGCCGGGUCAAAUGGCCGAGCAUAAUGGGAACAGGAGUCCUUUAUCUGUUACUGCUAUCAACCUGUCUCGGACAAGACACGGAAGACUGGCAGUAUGAGGAAUGUAAGCUUUCUCGAUCGGGUCCACCUGCUACCAUUGUUGCCAUUGACGAAGAAAGCCCCAACGGAACGUUACUGGUUGAGAACAUGCAGAUAAAUGGCGUGGCUGAGGGUCCGGAUCGUACCAUCUCUCUGUCGCUGAGGGAUAACCACGAUCACUGGGUGAUCCUUGACUCUUCCAAACAAGCCCUUUAUCUCAACAGCACCGGACGGCUUCUUGACAGAGAUCCCCCAUCGUACAUUCAGUCCAUUGUGGUUCAGGUUCAGUGUACCAACGAGCUGGUCGGCACGGUGAUUUUACACGAAGUCCGCAUCGUUGUUCGAGACCGCAACGACAACGCGCCACAUUUCCAACAGCCAAGAUACUAUGUGGCCGUCAGUGAGCUGACGCCAGUAGGAACCACCAUCUUCUCUGGUUUCUAUGGGAACAAUGGGGCAACAGACAUUGAUGACGGUCCCAACGGACAGAUAGAGUACACCAUCCAGUACAACCCGAGAGACCCGACGACAAACAGGACCUUUGACAUCCCCCUCACACUUUUUGGAUCCAUAGUCCUCAGAGAAAGGCUCAACUAUGAGGAGAUAACACGAUACCUGGUCAUCAUACAGGCCAAUGACCGAGCCCCCUAUCCCAGUGAGCGCCGUACGGCCACCACCACUCUGACUGUGGAUAUACUGGAUGGUGAUGACCUGGGUCCCAUGUUUCUCCCAUGUACGCUUGUGGGAAACACUCGUGACUGUAGUCCCAUCACGUACAGGGCUAACGUCCUGGAGCUGACGGAGCCGAGCAAGGCAAAUCCUGUCAAUGUGACUCCACCCAUUCAAGCUGUGGAUCAAGACAUUAACCUGCAGCCUCCCUCCGACCGGCCCGGGAUUAUUUACUCGAUUCUCAUCGGCAAGCCAGAGUCCUAUCCGGAAUAUUUCAGCUUGAAUGGAACCACAGCGGAGCUCCUGCUACUGAAGCCCAUCGAUAGGGAACUCCACCGCAGAUUUGAUUUGGUUAUCAAGGCAGAGCAGGACAACGGCCACCCAUUGCCAGCUUUUGCCAACCUUCAAAUAGAAGUUCUGGAUGAAAACAACCAGGCACCCUACUUCCUGGAGACCAGUUACCAUGGUUACGUCAGUGAGGCAUCACCCGUGGGAACUACCGUAGCGACAACUGCCGUUCUCUCUGCACCGCUGGCCAUCGUUGCUCUGGAUAACGAUGUGGAGGAGACCAGGGACCCCCAGCUCCAGUUCUCAUUGGACAGCUAUUCUAAUGUUUUCUCUGUAUCUGCUACUGGAAUCAGACGAUAUCUUACCCUGGUGCAGCCAUUGGACAGAGAGACACAGGACUCCUAUACAUUCACGCUUUUAGCAUCAGACGGCGUCCAGCAGAGCGUCCCUGUUACGGUGACGAUUACAGUGUUGGAUGCCAACGACAACACUCCCACUUUUGAUAACGUCUCCUAUAAUGUCAAUCUGUUCACUGAUAUGAAGCCUGGAGAAACUGUGUUACAGCUCACAGCAGUCGACUCUGAUGCAGGUCCCAACGGUAAGAUCACUUACCGGAUCUUAGCUGGGGACCUGGGACAUUUCGUUAUUGGCAACAGCACUGGGAUCAUUACUGUGGCACCAACUGUUGAGCUCACUGUUGGGCGGAGCUACACUUUGACUGUAGAAGCCAUGGACAAUGGGCCUGUACCUCAGAGAAGGUCAUCCAUUACAACGGUCUAUAUCGAAGUUUUGCCCCCAAACAAUCAGAGCCCUCCCCAUUUCCCCCAACAACAGUACAACCUGGAGAUCAGUGAAGCUAUGAGGACUGGAGCUACACUGCUCAAUCUGCAGGCAGUGGAUCGGGAGAUGGACCCUGUCACCUAUAACAUUUACAGUGGAGACGCUCAUGGACAUUUUGUCUUACAGCAGAAUUCAGGGUACCUGGUGCUGAACAAGUCUUUGGACAGGGAGUCUCUGGAUUAUUAUACCCUGGUGGUCACAGCCUCAGACGGACACCCAGAUGGGACCUCCACUGCAACAGUGAACAUUGUGGUGACAGAUGUAAAUGACAACGACCCGAAGUUCAAUUCUUCACUGCCGGUGAACCUCACUGUCAUCGAGGAAAAAGAUCACGCCUACGUUGGACAGGUCCAGGCUACGGACCCAGAUCUGGGGGCAAGCGGUCAAGUCUUUUAUCGGCUCGUCAACCACCAAAAGCUGUUUUCCAUCAAUGCCACCGGAGUGAUCACAACCACGGUGCCCCUGGACAGAGAGGUUCAAAGUCACUACUUCCUGAUCGUUGAAGCGUGGGAUGGUGCCGUGAAUCCUCGGCGGUCCAGGUUAACACUGUCCAUCACCGUUCUGGAUGUCGACGACCAUAGCCCCGUAUUCACACAACAAACGUACAAUGUCAGCGUGCCAGAGAACAGCCCCAAAAACACAAUCAUAUUACAGUUGAAGGCAAUAGACGCUGACCUCGGCUCCAACCUCACAUAUAAAAUCAGAGCUGAAGGCUCGGACAAGGAGAUUGUUCGGCUGUUCCACAUUGACCCGGUGACAGGGGAGCUGUCUGUCCUCGAAGUUCUCGACUUUGAGGCCAUGACUGAAUCAGAUCCAACGUACAAUUUCACAGUCGAGGCCAGGGACGCAGAGGGAACCAUGCCUCCUGGACUAGCCUUUGUUACUGUCAGAAUCAUGGACAUGAAUGACUUUUCUCCGGUAUUCAGCCAGUCAGUGUACCGAGGCCUGGUUGCCCCAAAUGCUGUCAAGGGAAGCAUCGUUACCACAGUGAUGGCCAACGACUCUGACCCCGCGGGAACCCCGGCAGCUGUAGUACGCUAUAAAGUGAACCAGGAGGCCUAUCCAUACUCCGCCAGCAUAUUUGAUGUGGAGGAACAGACAGGACAUGUGGUAACCAGAGUAAACCUCAACGAGGAGCCCAACCUCAAGUUCAGCCUGGUGGUGGUGGCCUUUGAUGGUGGUGAGCCAGUAAAGGAGAACACAACUCUGGUAGAGAUCACAGUCCUGCAACCCUCUGUCAUUCCUGUGUUCACUCAGGAAGAGUACCGGUUUCCACCAGUGAGCGAGGAGGCUGCCAUAGGAACCCCGGUGGGAGCCAUCAUGGCCGCUGCUGUCAAUCAAACUAUCAUCUACUCCAUCAUCGAAGGCAACCAGGGAGGUGCGUUCGCAUUAAAUGAAACAACAGGACUGAUUUCCACAGCCAAGCCCCUAGACUAUGAGGCCAACUCCAGCUACAUCCUGAAGGUGGAAGCAGACUCAAUGAGAGUGGUGUCCUCCAACCUCCGAGUUCGCUCUAAGACCAACACAGCUAAGGUGGUAAUCGACAUCCAGGAUGAGAACGACCACCCUCCGUUUUUCACCAGACCUCUUUACAUUGGAGGGGUUGCUGAAGAUGCGAAAACAUUCACCUCCGUGUUGAAAGUACAGGCCCUGGACAAAGACACUGGUAACUACAGCUGUAUGAUCUACCGGCUCCUCAUUCCCCCUCCUGCCGGUAAAAACACUAAAGAUAGCAAAGAUGGCUUCAUCAUCGAGCCAUUCAGCGGCGUGGUGAAGACGGCAAUCAUGUACCGCAACAUGAGGCGGUCAUAUUUUAAAUUUGAGGUGGUUGCUACAGACAACUAUGGACAAGGACACAGCAGCAAGGCGGAGAUAGUGGUUUCAGUCGUUAACCAGCUGGACAUGCAGGUGGUCGUAUCAAAUGUCCCUCCCACCUAUGUGGAGAAGAACAAAGACAAGCUGCUCAGCAUUUUGGAGCGGUACGUCCAGGAACAGAUACCUGGAGCAAAGGUAGUCGUGGAAACCAUCGGGCCCCAUCGCCAUGGUGAAGGAAUGGAGCAGGAAGACUACACCAAGUCAGACCUCAUGAUUUACGCCAUCGACCCGUUGACUAACAGAGCCGUGUCUAGACAGGAGCUCUACAAGUUCCUCGAUGGUAAACUCUUGGACAUCAAUAAAGAGUUCCAGCCCUUCCUCCCUCCUGGCGGGCGGAUUCUGGAGAUCCGAACGCCUGACUUGGUGACCAGCGUGAAGAAAGCUGUGCAGACCGUCGGCUACACAGAGGGGGCGCUGUUGGCUCUGGCCGUUAUUAUCAUUGUCUGCUGCGUCCCCGCCAUAUUUGUUGUCGUCUUCACGUACAGACAAUUCAAGGAACGCCAGGCAGAGUGUGCCAAAACAGCGCGAAUCCAGAUGGCCCUGCCAACAGGCAAACCUGGCGGAGGCACUGCCAACAACCUGUACGAGGAGCUUGGUGACAACGCCAUGCGGGGAUAUGGACAACAUGAGACACAACAACUUCUCCGACCUUCUCUGCUCCGACCAGAGGAGUUAUCAAUGGAGUCUGGCAUCGACCCCGGCCAGGACUACUACGCACAAGAUUAUUACAACUAUGAUCACGGGUAUGAACUUCCUCAGUACGGCAGUCGCAGGAAACUGAUCUCACCCGCCGGACUCUAUGAUGAAUACGGAGAAGUGGUUGUUGAUGACGACGGCAGCUACUACUACAGCCCACAGGAGUCUGACGGAGAGCAGGGCAAUAGAAAACGUCGGAUCAAGUUGGUUGUGGAUCGGGAAUAUGAGACCAGCUCCACCGGUGAGGACAGCAUGCCGGAGACGCUGCGCACCCGCCUGCCGGCCACCCUCAACAGCCACAGCAACGUCAACGGCAGCAUCUACGUGGCCCAGAACGGCUCCAUCAUCCGCACCCGACGCACAAUGAACCCCACAUGUACAACACACACGCACAGCACCACCAUGAACAAUAACCUCAAAAUCCCCUCACCAGUCUUCAGCUCACGGCUGGCCAAGCACUUUAAAAAACUGGACAAAAUGGCCGCCACACUGGAGGAAAGAGUUCCCCUGAACAACCCCAGAUCACCAGCGGAGAGCGGGUGCAACACUCUGCGCACCUUCCAAAGCUCGGGGAUGACCGCCUCUGCGACGGCCACUUCCUCUUUCUCUAACACUGACAACAAUAAGACGCUGAACACAUUUAACACCCGACAAUCCAGCACUUCGUUAGGAUCCAGCACAAGCAACACGGGCCCCGACAGUGUAGCGUCCAAAUCAAACCUGCUCAGAGCGGCGCAGGGCGGCACCGAGGCGCCUCAGGGCCCAGCGGAGCGAGACGAGCUGAGAGAAGGUGAGAAAGAGACGCAGGUCGACGGCUGUAAUGACGACGUUGGGCUGGUUAUGGGGGAGCCGCUGGAUUGCCCGAGCGACAGAACGCAGUCGGACGAGGAGGAGUUGUGGAUGGGCCCGUGGAACAGCCUUCACAUACCCAUGACUAAACUCUGACUGAACCACUGUGCUCGCUCCUUUUUUUGCCAAGAUCAUUAAAGCACUCAGACAUAAUUUCUGUUCAUUAGUCGUGGAACUAAUGGGGAUGCUCCAAUCCAAUUUAAUCUAAUUAUCAGAUUGGUACUCAGCUAAAAAGGUGAAUUAGCAUAUCCUGGGGUUUAAAGUGAAUCUUAAUAAGAUGUAAUAUUCAUAACAUAUCAACUAAAUUAUUUCAUUUAUGAUGUUUUAAGGAGGAGUGUGUAGGAUUUAGUGGCACCUAGUGGUGAGGUGGCCCUCUCUCUUUACAAGCAUGUUGGAGAACUGUGGUGGCCUUCAGGUACAAAUGUGAAAGGACUUCUCCGGCACCAAAGUUUGUCCGUUCUGGGCUUCUGUAGAACAUGGUGGAGCGAUAUGGCGGACCUGGUCCCUGUGUAGAUAUGAAGGGCUCAUUCUAAGCUGAUACAAGAGACAAAUUGUUCUUAGUUUCAGUUGAUAUUUACUUGUGAAAACUUAAUAAUGAAUAUGAUUUUAAGUUUCUACCAACAGAUCACGUAAACCUACCCACUGGAUAUUUAAACUCAAAGACAAUUGGAUCAAAAAUAAAGCUAAAAUACCAAUUAUUUAGCAUUUGAUUGACUAUUUGCCAGUUAAAUCAUUAAAACAUGUGUUUCCUAACAACUCAAAUGUCCAAUCAGAGCAUCCCUUAAGCCCACAUGAUCUAAGAGCUGCCACACCUUCGGACAACUGGACCUAGAGUGAAAUGAAUUGUUAUAUUUCUACUUUUUAAGAGAUGAUGAAAGAAACUUGAGGAAGAGAUCUAUGAACUUUUUAUGGCCCUUUAAGCGACUGGUGUCUGUAAAGAAGCGCACUUGUUUCAUUCAGGAUUACGGCGACCUGUGCCACUCAUCUUGAAUACGCCUGAACUCUUUGCAUUGACACAUGAAGUCUUGUAUGGUU